GAUACAGUUGAGUAACACUGCAUAGAUUUAAAAAAAUACCGUUUUUUUCUCUAUCAGAUCUAUUUGGUCUAACAAAUUAGAUUGUUCUAAACCUAUUCAAGCUUUGGCAUCACAUUGAGUUUGAGUCACCAAACAAUUAGAGUAAGUUGGGACGAUCCCUUUUAAUUGUCCUAACUUGAUCUUGUGACCAGAGAGACUUCAGUCAUUAACUUACUUACCCAAAGGACAUUGAAGAGAGGCAUCCUACCUGAUGGAGAGCACAGCAGUGUCCUAGACACAAAAAGAAACAAAAACACCUGUGAAAGAAGCUGACAAUUGCCUAUUGUGGUGGGCAUAGGUAAUCUACAUAGCAAGUAUUAGUAACUGCCUUAAAAGUGUAAGAAGGACCAUGGAGGACAGAAGCAGCUGCAACAGAGGCCGGGAGCGCUUGGGAAUAUGCUUCACCAUAGACUACCUGCUGUACAACAAGGACAGUAAGUGCAUGAGAGAAGAGCAAACUAAUCCCCCAGUGGAGCAGACCCCUCAUAGCCCACUGGAGGGGCAGAGUCCUGACAUCCUCUCAGAGAGGGAACGUAUCAAACUUGGGAGCCCUGAGAAGGGGCCAGAAGGAGAAGAGGGGUCAGAGGAGGAGAAUGAAGAGGAGGAGGAGAUCAAAGGGGGAAAAGACCAAGAGGCAACCACUACAGACAGCCCACAGGACAAGCCUUCCCAGUCCUACAUCUCCCUUAUCUCCAUGGCCAUACUUGCUUCAGAGGAGAAGAAGCUCUUGCUGUGUGACAUCUACCAGUGGAUCAUGGAUAACUACCCCUACUUCAAGAGCAAGGAUAAGAACUGGAGGAACAGCGUCAGACACAACCUGUCCCUGAAUGAGUGCUUUGUGAAGGCUGGUCGGAGUGACAAUGGUAAAGGCCAUUUCUGGGCCAUCCACCCCGCUAACUUCCAGGACUUCUCCAAUGGGGACUACCAUCGGCGCCGGGCUCGCCGCAGGAUCCGCAGGGUGACAGGACAGCUCCCCUACACCCUGCACACACCCUAUUACCCCCUCCAUAGGCCCAGGGGGGUGUCGUGCUGGUGCUGUCCCCCAGCCCACCCUCUCUCCGCGGCCCACCCUCUGUCCUACCUCUCAGCCAGGAUGUAUUGGAGCUGGCCCAGCCUGCAGGCCAGACGACACCCAACCACGCUCCGGUUCAAUAGAACCACAUAGAAUUGGAUGCGUGUUGGAUGUUGGCCUGUUCUUUGUAUGACAGAUGGCUGAGAGAGAUGUAUUGAGUAUGAUUGUGAAAUCUGUGGCUGGCUGGCACAAAUAAGAGUACCAAAGCACCAAAGUACGAUAUUGCACUAUUUAUUGUUUGAAACGUAAUACACCAGAUUUGUACUGUAAUAUUAUACAUGUAUAUUGCAUUUGAUUAAUUCUGUAUAUGAAGAAAAUUAAUUGUAAAUAUAUUGAUGAACGUAUUGCAAUAUUUUAUAUA